AUCCAGCAAACCAAAAGGGCAGAAGUGAAGAGACAAAGAAAGUGACGCUGACAGACUAAUCUCUGACGUACUAUCGACUCAUCAUUCAUUGCAUAAAUGUCGAGCGACUCCAGUCCAGGAAAUGUGGCCAGCGAAAAGGGUAUAGCUCCAUCCAUAUCAGUGACACUGCCACCACCUGAGAAGCAAUCGGCAAAUACUCAAUCUGAUGAUGAUGAAGAGCCUCCUCCAAUAUCUAGUGAGCAGUUACUUAGAAGAGCUAGUUUCAAAAAGAUAUUAGAGGACUUGUCGUCAUCGGCUGAAUCCAUUAAUAAACCAGGACUAGAUCCUGCUGCUGGAGUGUCUAUGUUGCAGCAGGCUGCUGGCUUAGCAGCUGCUACCAAUCCUGCUCUUCUUCCAAUUUUACAAAACCUACAGCAGUCGGCUCUUACUAUAGCCAACCAGCCAUCAGCUGCCACUGCAGCAGGGGCUGGAGCUGCUGGAGGUAAUAACGAUUUCACUCAGCAGUUAGCAGCUGCUAUGAUGCUUCCGAAUCACAUCAAUGCACAGCAACAACUAACGGCAGCUUUAUUGAACUCUCAAGCUAAUGCUGUGGCCCAGGCUCCACUCAUUGCCAAUGCUGUGUCUCUGGCUGGUCACAAUAAUUUUCAAUUGCCUUCGAAUUUGCUUUCGUCAGCUUUGCUCAAUGCUUCCAGCAACCAGCUAUCUAAUUUUGGCGCACAGUUACCAGCUGGCGGCGGCAGCGGUACACCAAUAGGACACAAGCAAUCUUUACGUACAGUAUCUAGUCCUGAGGGUUUCGUAGGCUCUCCUCCACUCCCGGGAGAGGAUUCCACUAAAAAGAGAGAAAUAAGACUCAUGAAGAACAGAGAGGCAGCGAGAGAGUGUAGACGCAAGAAGAAAGAAUACAUUCGCUGCCUUGAGAACAGAGUUGCUGUCCUUGAGAGUCAGAACCAAGCACUUAUUGGCGAGCUCCGUGCACUCAAGGAGCUCUAUCUUCCUAAAAACCAGGAAUGAACCAAUGAACCAACUUUCCCUUCUACACACAUUUUGUCAUUGUGUUUCAUUAAAAUUUUUAUGCCAUUGAUUCAUAAAAAUUAA